UAGUAUCCUGUAUAUGUAUACCUAUAAGUAUAUCGACUUGAGAUUCAGUUCAUGAGCCAUUCAAAACGACUACGACUAGGGUCAAAGGCUCUGAGGAAGAUGACGCAACUUUUGCGACGAAGGGAUCUAGUGAUGGUCGGUGUUUGCUUGGUCUUUGCCGGAUUGUUGAGUUUAGUGAUCUACCAAAUUGGUGUUUAUCCACUACUGUUUUUCCACUUCUCCGAUGAUGUCCAUCAUCAAGAAGAUCUGAAAAAAUUGGGGAAUAUCCUGACGGAAGCAGCGACGGAGGAUAAGACGGUGAUAAUAACCACCUUAAACCGGGCUUGGUCUGAGCCAAACUCGACGUUUGAUUUGUUUCUCGACAGUUUUCAUGUCGGAAAUGGGACUAAGCCAUUACUCCGACACCUUGUGGUGGCGUGUCUCGACGAGGAGGCAUAUUCUCGGUGCUUGGAGGUCCAUCCCCGUCGUUGUUAUUUCAUGAAAACCGCCGGAAUUGAUUUCGCUGGCGAUAAGAUGUUCAUGACGCCGGACUAUCUCAAGAUGAUGUGGCGUCGUAUAGAGUUUUUGGGUACUUUGUUAAAGCUGGGAUAUAACUUUAUCUUCACGGACAUAGAUAUAAUGUGGUUUCGAGAUCCAUUUCCUCGUCUAUCUAAAGAUGUCGAUUUCCAAAUCGCUUGUGACCGUUUUAAUGGAGAUGAUAACGACAUCCACAACGCUGUUAAUGGUGGUUUCACUUUUGUUAAAGCCAAUCAACGAACCAUAGAUUUUUACAACUAUUGGUACAUGUCGAGGCUGCGAUAUCCGGAUCGGCACGAUCAAGACGUGCUCGAUAAUAUCAAAGGUGGUUGGUACACUGCAAAAAUUGGACUCAAAAUGAGGUUUCUCGACACAAAGUACUUCGGAGGAUUUUGUGAGCCAAGUCGGGACUUGGAUAACGUUUGUACAAUGCAUGCCAAUUGUUGUGUGGGAUUAGAGAAUAAAAUUAAAGAUUUGAGACAAUUGCUUGUGGAUUGGGAGAAUUAUUUGUCUGCGGCUAAGACUACGUCUGAUGGUCAAAUGAUGACAUGGCGAAACCCGGAGAAUUGCAUGAAGCAGUGCAAGUGGACGAGGUCACUGUUGGGAGCUGCGGAGAGAGGACCAUCGGGACAAGAGGGUGCUGUACUUGCUGGGAGCCGCUUCAACCGCACCGCCGCCGCACUUACCUUCUUCGCAAACCCUUCCUCCACCGCCGUCGUCACUACUAGUGGUGGCCUUAACCCCUCUGUCAUCAAAUCUCUUCCGAUUUUCACGUUCUCCGCCGCAACCGCCCAAAACGCAAUCGAAUGUGCAGUUUGCCUCUCGGCGUUCAUGGAUAACGAAUCGGGUCGGGUUUUGCCCAAUUGCAAGCAUACAUUUCACGUUGACUGCAUCGAUAUGUGGUUUCACUCUCAUUCCUCUUGUCCUCUCUGUCGAUCACUAAUCGAACCUUUUGCCGGAGGAGUGAAAUCGACGACGGAUGAAGUCACGAUUUCGGUUUCUGAUCCGGUUUCCGGUGACACGAACCGCCACGAAGGAACUGAGACUUCCGGUAACCCGGACCCUGAAGAUUCCCGGAGAAAACCGGCGGCGAUUGAAAUCCCACGGAGGAAUCUCGGAGAAAUGGAGAACGAUUUGACUCAGAGUCAAUCGUUUAGGUCACCGAUUAGCCGGGUGAUAUCUUUCACUCGGAAUUUGAGUCGAGAUCGGAGAAGUGCUUCUUCUUCUUCAAUCAGAAUUCCGCAGUCGCCGCCACCGGUCUGUAGCAUGCCGGCGAGGGAGUUAGAUAUCGAAUUGGGAGAAGAAGAGACUCGUUGACUUAGUAGUAUUCAAUGUGACUACCACGUGGACAUGUACUAUUGGUUGUAAUUUAUAUGUUCAUUUUUCUCGGUUUAGAGUUUAAUAUGCAAGUAAAAACAUUUCUUUUUU